AUGGCAAACUCAGCAUCCAGAGAAAAGAGAGACAUGAAGGUCCUCUCGCUAGGCCUCCCCCGCACAGGCUCUGCCUCAAUGUGCGAAGCCCUCACAAUCCUGGGCUACAAAAAUGUCUACCAUGCCACCCAAGCAAUCGACAGACCACAAGAUUGGGACAUUCUCGAACGCGCAUGCGAUGCGUCCUUUCCUAAUUUGCCUUCUUACACAGGCAAGCCGUUUACGCGCGAGCAGUGGGAUGAGCUUUUCGGUCAUUGUGAAGGCACUACAGAUGUAGCUUCUGUCUUUGCACCGCAAUUGAUCAAGGCGUAUCCCGAUGCAAAAGUCAUCGUGGCAAUUCGCGACUACGAACCCUGGUUCAAAAGCAUUGACCAAGGCGUCCUUCUAAUGCUCUGGAACGGCAUGGCCAACUUCAGCAUCAACUUCCUAGAACCAAUUCUUGGUUCAUCAGCAGGUCGUUCAGCGCGUAAACAGAUGCUCGGUCUCUUCCAAGCGAAGAACGUGGACGAAGCACGCGCAAACGGGCGCGAGACUUGGGAGCGACAUCAUCGCGUGAUUAGAGAGAUGGUGCCUGAGGGCCAAUUGUUGGAGUAUCGCAUGGGACAGGGCUGGGAGCCUAUUUGUGAGUUUCUGGGGAAGGACGUGCCAGAGGUGGAGUUUCCUUGGGUUAAUGAACAGGCGGAGUUGAAGAGGAUGAUCAAGGCGAAGGUUCAGAGGAAUGCGGUUGGGGCUGCGAAGGUUGUCUUGCCGUGGAUUGGGGCGGUGGGUGUUUUGGGAGUUGGGCUUUGGAUGGUGAUGAAGCGGUAA